UUUGAAUGGCAUCAACUAAUUAAACAUAAAAAGACGUACUCAAAUUAAAACUAUAAAAUAGAGAUACAAAGGAGAAUUUCAACCCUUGAAUAAGGUUAGACAUGGAUUUGGAACAUAUAUAUAUGAAAAUUCUUUUUUCACUUAUGAAGGGCAAUGGGAAAAUGGAAUCAAGUAAGGUUAAGGAAUUUUGAAGAUGAAAGAUGGCAGUUAUUAUUAAGGAAAUUUUGAAAAGGGAGAAAUCGAAGGUCAUGGAGAAUUUCAUUAUGCAAAUGGAUCAAUGUAUGUUGGGGAGUUUCAUUAAGGAGAGAAGCAUGGAUAAGGGGUUUUUUCAUCAGCCAACAUGACUUAUGAGGGACAAUGGAAUUUAAACUGCAUGUAAGGAAGUGGGAUCUUGUAAACACCUACUUACAGAAUUGAAGGAACUUUUUUAUAACACAAACCUCAUGGACAUUGUAAUUAUUAUUCAGAAGAAUAUAAUUAUAUUGGAGAAUUUGAUAAAGGUAAAAGAUCAGGAAAAGGAAAGUACGAGAGCAAAUUAGAGGAUUAUGAGGGAGAAUUCUUGGAUGACAAGAAACAUGGCUCAGGCAUUUUAGUCAAGAAAGGAGAUUAUCCUUAUUAUUAUGCUGGAGAAUUUCUUUAAGAUAAUCCUACAUGUAUGGAAUUUUGGUUUACUAUUUUUAGUGCAAACAAACAAACUCAAUUUUAAAUUAGAUCCACAACCAGAAGAACCCAUAGAUCCAAAAGCAAAGAAGGGAGAACCUGUUAUUGAUUUAACUUAGGUUUUGGUUCAUGAAUUAAAGUCAGGAAAAACUAUCAAUUUUGAACUCUACUUAGUGUAUUAAGGACCAGAUAUUGAGGAUCCAGUUCAGCCAACAUAAUAAGAGAUUGAUGAAAUGAUUAAGAAUUGGCAGAAGGAAGCCAAAAAACAAAAAAAUCCUCCACCCAUGCCUGAUUUUGGAGCGAAGAGAAUGAUACCUGCUCCUCCUGUACAAAUCAAAUAAGAAUCAGGAAGAAUCUUAGAAUUAAAGAUGAGUAAUUUAUGAUUUUAUUAAUAGUUUAAAAAACUGAUUAAGGGGACAAGCUAUUCAGAAUUGAUUAUAGAGAAAAAUUGGCUGUUAGAAGGGAAGAAGUUACACGUUUGAAAGCAGAAAUUGAAGCAUAAAAACAAUUAGAAGAAUAAUAGGCUCAAUAGCCUGUUAAAAAGAAGGAUGCUAAGAAAUAAGCAAAGAAAUAACCUGAGCCAGAUCAAAUAGAUUUAUCUGUCAAAUUAUUUGUUGAAGGAGACAAUGAACCUUUGACUGUUGAAACAAAGGAAGGAAUGGUCAGAAUAGAAAAUUUAGAAUACCCUGAAGAUUUUCCUCCUGGCAAAUAUUAUUAUGGUAGUGAUUUCCUUUACCUUAGUUAUUUCUAAUAAAUCAACAAAUUCAAUAGGUGAUUUUGCGCCAAUAGAGAUCGAAGUGAUUAUCAAUCCAGAAGGUGGUCUUAAAUAGUAACCAAAAAAAAAAUGA